GUCCCAGUGUCCCAGUGUCCCGCCGCCGCCGCCGGAGCCAGCGUCGCAGCGACCCAGCGUCCCAGGGUCCCAGCGUCCCAGGGCCCCAGCGUCCCAGGGUCCCAGCGUCCCAGGGCCCCGCCGCCACGAUGCGCGCUGUCCUGCCGCUGCUCUGCGCCGCGGCCUGUCUGCUGGGCGCGCCCGCGCUGUCGCUGAGCCCCUCAGAGAAGUUUCACUUCAAGUCAUGGAUGGUGCAGCACAAAAAGACCUACAGCUCGGGCGAGUACCACCACAGGCUGCAGACCUUCGUCAGCAACCGGAGGAAGAUACAUGCCCACAACCGUGGGAACCACACAUUCAAAAUGGCACUGAACCAAUUUUCAGAUAUGAACUUUGAUGAAUUUAAAAGCCAGUAUCUUUGGUCAGAGCCUCAGAAUUGCUCAGCCACCAAAAGUAACUACUUUCGGGGUAAGGGUCCCUACCCAACUUCCGUGGACUGGCGGAAAAAAGGCAACUUCGUCUCCCCAGUGAAAAAUCAGGGCGGCUGCGGCAGCUGCUGGACUUUCUCCACCACCGGGGCCCUGGAGUCCGCGGUCGCCAUCGCCAGCGGGAAGAUGCUGUCUUUGGCGGAGCAGCAGCUGGUGGACUGCGCCCAGGCCUUCAACAACUACGGCUGCAAAGGGGGUCUCCCCAGCCAGGCCUUCGAGUAUAUCCUGUACAACAAGGGCAUCAUGGGGGAGGACGCCUACCCCUACCAGGGCAAGGACGGGACCUGCAAGUUCCAGCCCGAAAAGGCCAUCGCAUUUGUCAAGGAUGUGGCCAACAUCACCAGCUACGACGAGCAGGCGAUGGUGGAGGCCGUGGCCCUGUACAACCCCGUGAGCUUCGCCUUCGAGGUGACCAACGACUUCCUGUCGUACAAAAGCGGCAUCUACUCCAGCACCUCCUGCCAUCAGACUGCGGACAAAGUGAACCACGCGGUGCUGGCUGUUGGGUACGGAGAAGAAAAGGGGACACCUUACUGGAUCGUGAAGAACUCCUGGGGCCCCCAGUGGGGCAUGAACGGGUACUUCCUCAUCGAGCGCGGGAAGAACAUGUGUGGCCUGGCGGCCUGCGCGUCCUACCCCAUCCCUCUCGUGUGAGCCGCGGCCGCGGUGGUUGGCGGAGAAGCAGCCGGACGGGCAGCCUGGGCCCGCGGCGAGAUCCCUGCCCAGAGGCAGCUGUGGGGAGACGCGGGGGCCCCUCGUUUCCACCUCAGCCUCAGCUGAGCCAGAGA